CUCGGAAACAACAGAAGGAUGUUGCUGCUGUCAGUGCUGGUGCCUCUUCUCGAGCUGGAUUUCUGCGGAAUCCAAGUUCUUCUCUAUCAGACCUUCAACAGACCUCUUACGCUCCCAGGUGCUCAGUAAGUGAAGGCAUCAAAGUGGAUUGCUUACAAAAAGGAACCAAUGGAGGGUAAAAGUUCAGGACCUUCAUGCUCUGGCCCCAAUCUGGUGGCACACCCGCGGGCGAAAAGCAAAGUCUGGAAAUACUUUGGCUUUGACACCGACGCCUAUGGCUGCAUAUUGCACUGGAAACGGAUUUACUGCCGUGUAUGUAUGAGUCAAAUUGCCUACUCUGGAAACACCUCCAAUCUUUCUUACCACCUUGAAAAGAACCACCCCGUGGAGUUCAGCGAGUUUGUGAAGAGCAACACGGAUCAGAUGCGAGAGGCGUUUGCCACAGCGUUCUCCAGGAUAAAGACUGAGCCCUCGGGUCCACACGUUCAGCAGCAAUCGCAGGACACCAACUUAAGGCAGAGCUCGGGCUAUGAAAACAGACGACACAAUGACCUGACAACGGCCGUCAUCAACUUCAUCUGUGAGGGGUUGUACCCUGUGUCUGUCGUUGAAGAGCCUACUUUCAAGACGUUAAUGAGCACCGUUGACCCUGGGUACUCUCCACCGAGCAAAAGUGACCUGGCAGUUAAAAUGCUUCCUCAGAUGUACUGCCGUGCCCGGGACAUGGUCUUUAGUGAACUUGCUGGGGUUGUGAACUGUGGCGUUACUACAGAUCUUUGGCAAAGCCAAACCCAGAACCGGUCGUACAUUUCGCUCUCUGUGCAUUCUGUUAAUUACAACAGUGCUACUGGCUUCUCUAUGACCAACAAGUGUCUUAAGACUUUCGAAGUGCAAGAGGACAACACGGCCGAGAACAUCACAAGAGCGAUGUAUGAGGCAUUUGUUGAAUGGGGAAUAACCCAUAAAGUCAGCGGUGCCACCACAAACGGUUCGGUGGACAUCAUGAAAGCAUGCUCCCUCCUGGAGCUGUCCGUGGAAAUGCCUUGCCUUGGACAUACUGUCAAUCGCGCAAUGGAUGAAGCCUUCCAGCUGCCGCGUGUCGACAGCUUUUUGGGAUGUUGCCGCAAGCUCAUCGAUCAUUUCCAAGAACCGGCAAUGUAUCUGCUAAGGGAUAAACAGAAGCAGCAUGGCCUCCCUCAGUGUGCACUCAUCACAGACCGAGGUAGACCUUGGUUGGCCACGUUGGCAAUGUUGCAGCGACUGAAAGAGCAACAGGUUGUUGUAACUGCAACGCUUGUAGAGGGUUCAAGCGCUCAUCAUUUCAGCUUUGAUAGCCCUGACUGGGCCUUGUUGGAGGGCUUGAUUUGCGUUCUCCAGCCUUUUAAAGUUGUGGCAAACAUGAUCACUUCUUGCAGGUACCCGACCAUUAGCAUGGUUAGGCCCGUGCUUCAUAUGCUGCUGAACACCACUCUUAAAGCCAAGGAAGGGGACCUCAAAGAGAUCAGCAUGACCAAAGAGGUCAUCUCAAAGGUCCUGUCAAGCACCUAUUCACAGAACACCCAGCUAUCGCAAGAAAUUUCGACGUUCCUCAACAUUGCGACAUUCUUGGAUCCUCGAUACAAGAAGCUGCCUUUCCUGUCCACUCAGGAACGCUCCAAAAUUGAGAGUAACAUCGUGGACGAGGCAAAAGCAGUCCUUGAGAAGCAGAUUGCCGAGCGACCGUGCCUAGGGGAAUUCUCCUUGAUAUCAGACGAGCCACCUAGCAAAAAGCAGACGCCUCUACGAGAGUCUUCAGUCGGCAGUGCAACCCAAGACAACCCUUUGGCUGCCAUAUUUCGUCAGUCCGAUGCAGACCAGAGCCAGGAGGAGCUGCAUGCCCAGGUUGUAGAGGAGCUGAGCAACUACAAAUCGCAAAGAGUCCUAGGUCUGAAUGAAGACCCUUUGCUGUGGUGGUCGAGUCAUGCGCCCUUGUUUCCCACCCUCCCCAAGGUGCUCCAGAAGUACUGGUGUGUUCCUGCCACCUGUGUCCCUCCUCACAGGCUGUUAAGUUCCUCUGGGACGGUCCUGUCUGGGAAAAGGAACCGCAUAGCUCCAGCUUUAGUAGAUCAGCAGGUCUUCUUGUAUGAGAACUCGCGGAGCUACUGUGAGCCUGAAGCCUGUGAGGACGAUUUGGACAAUGAGGGAAGUGGUAAUCUGGGCCAGCAACUUGAAUGACUGGGCUGAAAAUUGCAAAAAGUCAUAGUAUUUUGUAGAGAUGGCCCGAUAUCACUUUUUUGCUUCCCGAUACCGAUUC